UCAGACACACAAAAGCAGAAUCUAACUAGGAAGCCAGAACAGUGCAUUCUCUACCAGGAAGCAAGUGAAGGCUGGCUUUACCUAUUCUCAGAAAACCUAGGCAACAGAGCACUUAAGACAAGAUGUUCUUGUGUAGAUAACAAAGAGACCUCAUCACUACAGAAGAGAACUACAAGAGUCAAGCAAUGAGAACUUGGUCCAAAUAACCUACAGGAAGAAAAAUCAGCAAUCACAAAUCAUGCAGAAAAUUACUGAAAACCUGACUGUUGUUUUUACUCAAAUAUCGUCACAGAAAAACCUGGGAAUUUCUACUUCAGAAACUGACAAGCUAAUUAUCUCCUGAGAUCUGCUUCUUGAAGCUUUUUAGUAGUCCCCUGAAUCCUAAGAACAAUCACUGUUCUCUGAAGAGAAAUACUGAGAGACCAAAUAGAAACCUACAAUGGGAAUAAUAGUACAAAACGUAACAGGAAACUCAGCCCUGGUAAUCUGGCCCAAAAUGGCCAGCUGUGCAGACAGUUUUUAUAGCAUUAUGUACAACCCCAACUGGAACAAAACGCUGUCAAGGUAUACCAGAAAACAUUUCCAAAGGGAGGAGAGAGUGCCAGGCAGCCGUUCUUCAUUUGUCAUAGAGAAUCUGAUUCCACUAACAACUUAUAUUCUGUGUGUAACAUGCCAGUCGGCAAACCCAUCCAGUGAUCAAUGCCGAAUUUUCAACACCUCCAAGCAAGAUCCAGCAUCCUUGAGCAACAAGAAGAAAGACCUAGCAGUGGGCAUAUGGCUAACCAGUUCUGUUCUGCUUCUCAUCAUUGUUGGUAUCCUUAUCUAUGGUUGCUUGCAUAUAUGGUGGCGCAAAAGAAGAGCGGGUUUAGAGACUCAAAGCUUGCCUCUGGGGGAAAAGGAAGAGGCAUGGACCAAAAAUGAACUGUACAGUUCAUCAGGGUUUACCAAGGAAGCCCAGCAUGGCCAACAAAUGGAAAUUAGAAAUGCAGAUGGAGUCCAAAUGGCCACUAUAAUUGCCAAUCCUCUAGCAUCUAAAGAGCCCUCUAUGCUGACUUCCAAAAGCGAUGAUUUUGUGCCUUUGUCUAUAUGUCAAUCUGUUGCAAAAUAGCUGACCUUGCUGGCAAUGAGCCACUGUACCUGUUUUACUGUAUGUAAAAAAUGCAUAUAUUUAAACCUACCUAAUCGUUAUUCAAGGAAGUGGUUUUAUAUCCAAUUGCUUUCCUAAAUCCUCACAACCAAGCUAAUGUAUGAUAUCCGCAUUUUAUUUAACUGGAAGACUGGAUAGUCUCCUAAAUAAAAAAAAAAGCUAAUUUAGACAUAUCCAAAGACUUGCAAAAAUUCCAUGAAGUUUUUGGAUUUACUUUUUGGUUAUCAAAAACAUUUGCUUUAGGAUUUCUCCUUUGUGAAGGGGUGUGGUUCCAGAAUUUGAAUGCAAAAUUCCUUGAAUUACAGAGUCAGUUUUCUUUGUAUCUCAGAAUUGCUCAACUGCAGACAUAUGGGGAUGGAAGGUGAGCUUAGCUAUCCAGAAUAAAUCCUUGAGGAAGAUCUUGGGCCUACCACAAGCUGCCCCCACAGCAUUGAUACAGCUGAACGUAGGCAUCCCAGUCCCAAGGUGUCCCUUGGAGAAGGAUACGAAAUGGCUGAAAAUGUAUUCGCUCCCAUUUUAAGAUUGUACUUGCUGCCAUCAAUUGAGAUAGUCAAAUCAUGGGAAAGUAAUAAAAUUCAAGAAUGACUGUUCAAUAGUGAUUCCCUUCGAGACAUCGAGAGAGUAUCCAGCAUGAAAUUUUCGAACUGGUAUCCCAAAGUUCAGAAAAACAAAAUCUAUUCCCAUUACCUAACUGAUCUCUACAAUCCCUCUUUAAGAAAGAUAUUCACCAGCUUCUGCUUUCAAUCAUUUCCUACUGAAUACCUUCUGGGUAGGUUUCCAAGGGAUCAGCGUCUGCCUGCAGAGCCUCAGCCAGACAGAAGACCUAGGCCGUUAUAUCCUACGUUGCCCCUUUUAUGACAGCAUCCAAGGUAAAUAUCUUAAUGAUAUUUUAUCUGAAAUUAACAGUUCAGAGGAUGGCAAGCUGUGUUUUCUCUUGGCAGAUGCUUUCCCUAUGGUCACUGGUAAGACAGCCACUUUUAUGUUUUUAGCUACUAUCUUAAAGAGGAAAUUAGUCACAGAUCAAAAUGUUAAAGAUAAACUGUAGUGUGUGAACUUCAUGGUUUUGUAUUGUCACAUUUGGUAUAAUUCUUACCUUAGUGUAUUUAUGGGAUAUUAGGAUGUAUUUUUGAAAUUGUGAUAGCCUAUUGCUGACAUUAAAUCACUACUAACUCAGAAAGUGUUGUGUAAACUGAAAAACCUUUUUAAAACCUAUUUUAAAAAACCUAUGCUGGAGAUUUUAUAUAAACACACACAAAACAUAUAUUAAAUGGUGUUCAUGUGAGGUCAAAGAAAUCAGAUGAAAAGGUAACGGGAUUGGGGGGGGGAGAGAAGACGAAGAAGUUUGUUCUGCUGAUUAUAUUCCUUAUUGUCCAUUCUAUUGAACAGAGUUUCUACUUCUUAGCACCACUGUUAUUAAUGGUAACUUGAACAAGGCAUGGUCUUCUGAUUUAACAGCUUAUAAAUCAGAUCGUGAACUUAUACCUGUAUUUUGUUAAAACAGCUGUAGUAUGCUCUGCAUACUUCAAGUUAACAUACCCUUAUGCAUGAAAAACAUGCAACUGCUAAACUGGGUGCUGUUAUAAUUUCUAGCUGUUUCUGCUGAAAUACAUUUACAUUACUGUGUAGUUUCAAACUACUAAAAUUUUAAUGAGUCAGCAAAGUGCAAAUCAUCUGUGACUUAUUCUAGCUUUUAAUAACGAAGUAGAUUUACAUGUAGAUUAUCCAAGAGGCUGUAAAUAGAAUGCACACAAACAUACACACUGACUUAACUCAGGUGUCACAGAGGGUCUGCCAAAUACAUAUCGUGUUGCUGUUCAUUAAGAAAUCAUUCGUUCACUGAAUACUUAAAUAGGGGUAGUAUUGUUGCUUUUCUGAUCUGCUUUCAAAAUGAUAGGAUUAAGGAUAUACUUUUGUAAACUCCAGUUUCUCAAGAUACCAUUCUUUGUUAAAGAUCAAUGCUAUCAAGCAAACACUUUUUUCAGUUAGCUGCUUUUUCUUAUGACUCACAAGUAAUAUUCUAAAUGAUGCUCCAGAAGAGGUUUUCAUGGGGUACAGAGGAAAAGAAGUUCACUUAUGGCUCUCCAAAUCUAAGCCACUAGCAGCUAUAUUUCAGGAAAGAAGGAGAAACAGCAAACAAUACAGAGUACAAGCAAGGAACUACACCAGUUCCAGAUGUGGGAUGAGCAGGGAAUAGUAAUAAUGACCAUAGCCAAACAUUGCUCAGAGAAACAGCACAAAGACUCGAGACAGAUCACAGGAUCAGGCACUAUUUCGACAAUACAAGGAGCAGCAACUCAAGAGCUAUCAAGAGGCAUUUUUCAAGUGCCCCAGUCACAUGCAAAGCAGAAAUAUGGAAAUAAAGUCUAACCUUGGAUCCGUGUAAAUACUGGGGCUGUGCAUUAGGUUGCUUAUCUCUCUGGAAUUCUUGGGAAAAUGGUAAUACUGUUCGAACAAACCUAUAAAAAUAAAGAUAACCCUACAUUUUA